UUAAAUUAUUUUAAAUAAUAAAAUAGGUAGAAAAUGGGAGUUCUUAUUUGUAGGUUACUGUGCAUAGGGGGCCCGCAAAAAUACGGUAAAUGUAAUACGUAGCACAGCCGACCGCAGAAUGCAUUAGAACAACCGCAGUUAUAAAAGAUAUAAAUGGGUUAGGUUUACCGCAUAAAUCGUUCACGGCGUCAAACUAAUAAUAAAACUAUAUUAUGCAUUUUAGCCCUUAUUUAGAGUAGAUAAAAAAAGAAUAUGAUGACUAAAGAACAACGAAUCGAAAGAUCGAAACCCGGUCACCUUAAAAGUCAGACCACUUUCUAUUUAACCGAUAUAAUUUCGUUUUAAUUGAAACACUAAAUUUCAAUUUCUAUAUAAAAAAAGCUGUUAUACCUGUUAUAAUUAAUUAAUCAUGAAACGAAAUUGGAUUUUAGUAGUCAUUUUAUCGGUUAUGCUUUCGAUGGUUCAUGCUAUACCAUUCCAUAUUCAUAAACGGGCGCAAACUAUUUCUUCACAACAAUUAAUCGAAAAGCUUCACUUGACUCCAAAUCCUGAAGGAGGGUAUUUCGUAGAAUUUUAUCGAGACAAAUCAGUAAUUAAAAAAGUCGGCUUACCAGAUAAUUUUGAUGGUGAUAGAAGUUUUUCAACUGCAAUAUAUUACUUGCUCAAAGGAAAAGAAUUCUCUUCCUUUCAUAGAUUGAGGUCAGAUGAAGGCUGGCAUUAUUAUACUGGUAAUACCGGUGUUAAAAUUUAUGAAAUUAGACCGGAUGGAGAACUUGUUGUUCACAACCUAGGAAACGAUUUAGUUAAUGGAGAAAUUUUUGCUGUUGUCAUUGAAAAAGGAUCCUGGUACGGUGCAGAACUUAGCGAUCAAAGCAAUGAUAACUUUUCAUUGGUUGGAUGUACUGUGGCUCCGGGAUUUGAAAAUGCUGAUUUUGAAAUGGCUAAACUUGAAUCUCUAUCAAAGCAAUUUCCUCAGCACGCAGAAAUUAUAAAAAAAUUAACUCGCGAAUAAGUUAGAUAUGUCACUAUUCUUGAACUUUAUUUAAAUCGCCCCUCUACUCUUAUUGAUGACGCAAGUGAAAAUAACUAGUUUUAAUAUAAUUUAAUAAAUUUCUAAAAUUUUAAUAUUAAUGUAUCGACGUUAUAUUUUCUGUGCCAAUAGUAUAUUUUAAACGUAAUUGAGAAUAUUAAAUAAAUAACAAUGAAUAUUUGAUCUAUGGUAAUC